UAAUAAUAAAAUGAAUGAAAAAAUGUCGUUCCCUAGCCUAUAUCGGUUUGUCCGAAGCAGUUUUUAGUUCUUGUAAAACCCCUUUAGAGAGACAUUUUAUCAAACACCUGCAACACCACCCAACAAACAAAGAAACAAAAAUCGACCACCUCUUCGUAUUCCUCUAUUUUAUUCUUACCUAAUUACGCUGUCAAAACCCUAAGCCUGCCCAAACACAUUGUAUACAUUCUACUUAUAUAUACAUGUAUAUAUUUGGUAGAGAGAGAAAGUUUUAGAGAGAGAGAGAGAGACAGAAAGAGAGAGUUUUUCUAGAGAGAGGAGAGAGAAGGGUGGGGUUUGGAGGAGGAAAUCGGGGGAUGUCGCAGACCGGUGGGAACGGUGUUGUUGGCGGUGGUGGGCCCGAUUUCCACCUACCGGACGAGAUCCUUUCGGUAAUCCCGACGGAUCCGUACGACCAGCUGGAUCUGGCUCGGAAGAUUACCUCCAUGGCUAUAGCUUCAAGGGUUUCUAAGCUCGAAACGGAGACUGGGAAGAUGAGGCAGAUGCUUUACGAUAAGGAUAGGGUUAUCCUCGACCUCGAGGAUAAGCUUUCUCGCCUCCAACAUGCCCACCACGACGUUGAGUCCCGAUUGAAACUCGCCCUCGAUGACAAUAUGAAACUCUCCAAAGAGCGGGAUUCAUUGGCAAUGACAGCAAAGAAACUAGGCCGUGAUUUGGCAAAGUUGGAGACAUUUAAGAGACAGCUGAUGCAGUCACUAAAUGAUGACAAUUCAUCUCAAGCUGAAACUGUUGAUAUUGGGACCUGUGACCAAUCAGUUCCCAAGGCAUAUCCUGAUAAGGAUGAUGGGAUGAAUGGCUAUGUGGGACCACAUUCCUUAAGCAGUUCUACAGAAAUGGGAAACUCGAUCGAUGAAGCCUCAAGGAAUGCUGGACAUAGGUUUUCUAUAACUCCGUAUAUCACACCACGCCUUACUCCAACUGGAACUCCAAAAAUUAUUUCUGCAAGUGUAUCUCCUAGAGGAUAUUCUGUUGUUGGAUCUCCCCAGCAAGUGUCUGGUACCAAUUCACCCACAAAAGUCUCUUAUGAUGGACGAACUUCACUGUCAUCAUGGUAUCCAUCAAGCCAGCAGUCAUCUGCAGCAAACUCUCCUCCUCGUGGACGUUCAUUGCCAGGGCGAACUCCUCGAAUAGAUGGCAAGGAGUUCUUCCGUCAAGCCAGGAGUCGCCUAUCCUAUGAACAGUUCAGUGCUUUUCUGGCUAACAUUAAGGAACUAAAUGCUCAGAAACAAACCCGAGAGGAAACUUUAAGGAAAGCAGAAGAGAUAUUUGGGACUGAUAACAAAGAUCUCUAUCUAUCAUUCCAGGGAUUGCUUAAUCGCAACAUACACUAGAACUCAAAAAGUUAUUGUUGCUUGAGAUGAUAUUUUAUAAGCGGUUGUGGAUGUUAUCUUUCAUAGCUGCUCUGAAUGGAUGGAUUAUGGUUCUUUCUCUGUGUUUAAAUACUUGUAAGAUCGGCUUAAGUGGCUUACAAUACAGCAAGCUAGAGUAGGGUUUUGUAGGCUUUGAUUUGUAUUAUUAAAUGCAGGUAGGCUGUGUAUAUAAUUGCUUUAUUAUUAUUUUUCUUAGCAUAACCUGCUCGGUUAUUCAAAGCAAGUUGGUUCACUUUUGCUUUUCAAGGUUAUAAUUUCUUGUAACUUGCAAGUAAUGAGGGAAUUAUUUCAAUGCAUCAGAUUUGUACUCUCAAGCAUAUAUAAAAAAAAAAAAAAAAAAAAAGGUGAAACGAAAAAAAAGAUAUGUUGUGCUUUCUCUUUCUCA